GAACACUGUAAAAGACACGUUAACAUUUGGGAAAUGAUCGAGGCGAAUACGAAGGUUUCACCCGGCUAUUAGUUCUUCUCAUCCAAACACUGUUCAAACUGUUUAGUUUGGACUGCAUAUGCAUAACGACAUCUACAUGGAUUACUCAAGUGGUUUCAGGCCAGUUGCGAAGUAUAAUGGAGCUGAUCACUGAAAAACACAACUCGACUGUUUGGCUCAUUUGCGGACACGCACGCGGAGUGGAGACGCUUCUCGCCUGAGCGAGCUCAUUAUUGCGCAGAGGAAGGGGAGGAGGAGGCGGCGGCUCUGCCUCCUGUGUAGAAAAGCUGCUGUUUCAGUCCGCCGUCGCUUCUGAGCAGAUCACUCCUCGUCUUCUCUCCACACCAUCCCAAGUGCCAGUGUAUCUCGCUCCAGCGGAUGCCACCAGGAGAAGAAGUUUAAAGCCCAGAGGUGCUGCUCAGGAGACGAGGCGUCUCGACACUUCUUCGCCCUCAGCUCAAGUAUUUUGUCGGAAGUUUUUCGGGGGGGAUUCAGUCAUGACUCGGAGGUCCUGUGCCAUUUACGCCACCGGGAUCGUGUGUGCUCACCUUCUGAUCGUGGGGAUCGCACUCCUCGUGGCUCAAGUCUUCCAAACAAUGAUCCACAGCCGCCUAAAACAGGAAAUCACCCUGACAGAGAAGAGUCAAGUUUUCGAGUCGUGGAAGAAUCCUCCUCCACCUGUUUACAUGGAGUACUACUUCUUCAAUGUGACCAAUCCUGAAGUGUUUCUGAAGGGCGGGAAGGCGUCCCUGCAACAAAUCGGACCUUACACCUACAGGGAGUACAGGCCGAGGGAAAAUGUGACUUUCCUGGAGAAUGGCACCAAAGUUUACGCCCUCAACCCCAAGUCCUUUGUGUAUCUGCCCGAGAAGUCCAGAGGUGACCCUGAACUGGACAUGCUUACGACGGUCAAUAUCCCCUACGUGGCAGUGAUGAACGAGUUGAACUCCUACAACUUUCUGCUACGCUCGCUGGUCUCCAUCUACACUAAAAACCUGGGUGUGGAUCUCUUCAUCACACGCUCUGUCCAUGAGGUCCUCUGGGGUUUCCAAGACCCCCUGCUCUCCAAAGUUAAAACCAUGAAGCCUGAGAUAGACGAUUAUUUCGGACUUAUGUGGAAGAAAAAUGGCACCCACGAAGGAGAAUUUGUCUUCCACACCGGCGAACAGAACUACAUGGAUUAUGGAAAGAUUGACACUUGGAAUGGUCUGAGGGAAAUGUCCUGGUGGUCAUCCAAGCAGAGCAACAUGAUCAACGGCACAGACGGGGCCGUCUUCCAUCCGCUCAUUAACAGGAAUGAGCUGCUUUACAUCUUCGCUGCUGAUCUCUGCAGGUCCAUUCAUUUGGCGUAUGUGGAAGACGUGGAGGUGAAAGGCAUCCAGGCGUAUCGCUUCGCACCCCCCAGUGAUGUGCUCAUGAGCCCCAAAGAUAACCCUGCCAACGAGGGAUUCUGUGUGCCGGCCGGCGACUGUCUCGGCACUGGCGUGCUUAAAGUCAGCGUUUGCCGAGAAGGCGCUCCCAUCGUGGUGUCUUUCCCUCACUUCUACCAAGCCGACCCCAAGUACAUCAAUGCGGUUGAGGGCCUUAACCCUAACAAGGAGGAGCACGAGACCUACCUGGACCUGCAGCCGACCACAGGAGUCCCAAUUCGGGCGUGCAAGAGAGCCCAGCUCAACAUCAUCUUGAAGCGUAUCCAAGGCUUCCCACAAACCAAGUUCAUAAAUGAGACCAUUUUCCCGAUCAUGUUCGUCAAUGAGACGGCCACCAUCGACGAUGAGUCAGCAUCUCAAAUGAGGACGCUGCUCUUAAUCGUGACAUUGGUGUCCAACUUCCCCUUGCUCAUCGUGGGCAUGGGUCUCAUCCUGCUGCUGGUUCUGGUCGUCCUGUUCUGCCGAAAGCGCCAGAAGAAGAAUGAAGUAAAACGUAUUGAUUUUACUGAAGCUUUUCAUUCUUUUACUACUGCCAAGGAGGACACGGCGUACACUCAGGUCAGCAACAAAGCUGACGAGUCGCCAGACGCCCCACCCAGCCAACCCGUUAAAAACGGCUCCUACAUUGCCAUGUCCCCUGUGGAACCCCAAAAGUGCUGAUUACCGGGGCUCACCACCUCCCGGUGUGGAGCUCAGGAAGGCGACAGAGUGCAUAGGCCGGGGAGUGGGGGCUCGGGGACCAUGUGAGACCACACAUCCUGGUUCAUGUUUAGUAAAAGACUGCUUUGCCUCCUACCACCCAACUGCCCCACCUUAUGAGGGAACACUGUAACACAGACCUGCAUCCCCAGCCCCUCAGCUUCCACCAGGGGGUGCUAUAGGACGUAAUCUGUCAGGGCUGAGAGUAGUUUUGCUUCUUAUGAGGGAUAAGAGGCAGACUGAGCCAAAAUAUCACAAUUUCCUACCUAACACUUAUGGUCCACCCCCCGCCCUCCUAGAACACUAGUUAAACACUGAUAUCUAAAGCAGCUUGUGAUGUGAAUUCGUACCUUUUUAGGCGUUGUCACAUGGUCAACCCUACCCGAACCCGCAUCCUGCCUUAUGACGUUUCUGCCCCAUCUGCAAAUAUCCUUCUACGUAGUUACUGAGAACUGCUGAGAUGCCGCUGACCAAACAUCCAGCAGGACUUCCAACGGGUGCUGAGAGACACUCACUUGGACCACUCCGGGCCGCUGAGACAAAGCACAAUUUGGAUCUGAUGCUCAUCCCACAUGGCUAGCGAGUGAUCUGUUCGGGACUGUCAAAGUGCCAUGACUCAGUCGAAGUGACUCCUCAGGCUCGCUAAGCUGUCAGGCAGCAGCACUUGAAUCACUAUUUGUCUUACCUGUCACAUUUCAAACCAAUGUGGGUGAAUUGGAAGAAUUCCCUACACUUUGCCUGGAAAGUUGUGCCCUGUGUAUCUUCUGUGUGUGUGUGGUCCAAGUGUACUGAACAUUUCAACUGGUUUGUCUGAAGGUUUCUGCUGCGUUACUGGAGUGUCUUCUUUUGUUUUCUCUUAGAAAUUACUUCAGAAUUUUGUCAUUGCUGCUAAAGUCGCCGUCACCUUUAAUCAGACUGGAGUUGUAAACUCUCACCUGAGCACACCACGGCCAAAGCUUGUUGCCAUUUCAUUCAGCGAUUCUCACUCAAGCCUCGCUAAACAUUUCACAGGCGCUCACAACAAGCUCCUAGCCAAAUCUGUCUGCUGCCAGGCGACAUCACUGUGGUGGGAUGUCCCAGAAUCCUUGAACCUCAGAGACCUUAACACAACCUGAGCCGCCGCCGAGCCCCACCCUCCUCCAUACUUGACCAAAGAGUGUGUGUGCGCACGCGUGUGUGUAUGUGUGUCAACAUCGAGGCAAGAAAAGAGGUAUUGCUAGUCAUUCCCGCCGGCAUUACAGCAGACAAACUAAUCCAAGUGCGCUGUGAACAGCUGAUGAUCUCAGUAUUACAAAAAAGCAAUACAGUGUAUGUUUUGUUUUUGUUUUGCUUUCAGUCUGUAAACAUUUCCAUCAUUUUAUUGCAUGAUUUUGGGUCCAAGCACAUUUCUUCAAUUGUUGUCCAUGUUACCAGACUGGAAGAGUAGGGAAGGCUGACUGUCUCCAGCUAACAAGGUGUCACUAGUUUGAAAAGAUGAAUGAAGCCUCCGGUCCGGUCAGGCAUGCGUGCCAAACCAUGUUCUGUUUUUCUCGUCUCAGUUUUCCUCCAACAUUGAUGUAACGACAGCAACUGCUGUUCCGAGGUCCAAGGUGUCACCACGGCCCGUAUUAAUUUUGCUGCUGAAAGUGACAAUCUUUGUCAUGCUUGGUGCAAAAUGACGUCAAAUUAAUUUUUGAUAUUUUACACUGCACAAAUGUUUCUACUGUGCUUUUGUAAACAUUUUUAGUGUAUUUGCAAUAAAAUAAAAGUUGCAUUUCAGUGCAAAGGUCA